GUGAAGUUGUAUCUGUUUUGAAAACGUGGACUAAAAUUUGUAGAUUUAAAAGUGUAAUUAAAAUGGGAAUUAAAGGAUUCUACGGCUUUACAUUGCAUAAUAUCAAAGAUUCUCACAAGAUUGUUAAUAUUACAGAAGAGAUUCUUAACGCCAAUGCUGAACGACCAAAGAUACUGAUUGAUUUGCACACAUUAAGCUACCAUUUCAAGAUAAACAAUAAGGAAUUGCUAUGUGGCUAUCAACUUAACAAAAUUAAGUACACUGCAGAUCAGUUCUUCCAGGAAUUAAAGGACUGUGGAGCUGAACUUAUCUUUGCAUUUCAAAAGGUAAAUGCAAACAAUGGAGAGUUUUUGAUACGCCGUUCUGAUGAAUAUAAAGCUGCACUUAAAUUACUUGACAACAUCCAGACUAUACAAGAGCUUGAUGAGCUAUUGGAGAACAAAAAUUUAAAUGACUAUCCGUUUAAUGUCAUGGUUAAAUUGUGCUUAAUCCAAACAGCUAAGAAUCAUGGAAACGUUUAUGGAUUCGAUUCAAUUAAACAUCCACCAUCCUUUGAAAUGGCUCAAUUUGCAACAAAGGAAAAGUGUAGUUGGAUUCUUGGCUUGAAUACAUUCAAGUUUCUACUUCCUGGCGAUUGGAAGAUUUGGUCAGACGAAAAGUUAAAUAUGGAGAAAAUGACAGUUCUUGAAAUUAAUAAGGAAGCAAUUUUGGAGUAUUUUCAAAUCAAUUAUCAUCAUGCACCGUUGUUUUUUACAUUCGCUGAGAUUGAAUGUGAGCCAGAUAUAAAGAGAAAGGUAACUUAUAAUUUUGGAUCGAUUAGCAAGUUUAAGACAGUUGCUAGAUUCGUUCGAGAUGUUCAAUUUCCAUUGACUGAAGAUUCGUAUAUUAAAAUGGCAACAAGAAUUCUCGGAGAUAAUUAUCCACCAAGCUUCAUUGAUGAUAUGAAAAAGUCGUUUGAAAAGCAUACAAUUGAUCCAAUAGAAUCAAUCAUGCCAAAAAUUGCAGAUCUUGAUGACGAUACUUUGAAGAUUAUCAAAAAUGAUUUUAUGAGCUUUGCUGAAGAAAUUUUGUUUAAUCAUAAGCCAAUAUUCUUUUCACCAGUAUUUAUGGAUCUAAACUCACCAGACAUGGAAAAUUUCAACUUAUUGGUCUUGCCAUUGGUUCAAAAGACUGCUGGAAUAUUAUUGAAAAAUUUAUCUGAUCGCGAAACUCGUGAAGUUGUUAUGCUGGAUAGUCAAGACCAGAAAUUCCAUAAAUAUCCACUUGAAAUUAUUUAUCCUGACUUUGAAGUUCCAUCACUUAAUGAUAUGUUGAAUGGAAACAUAUCAACGUUGCAAAAAAUGAAGAUGCUGUUUUGGAUAAUGGAUUUACAAUUAAGUGAUCUUAAAAUUCCAUGCAUGACAGAAGAUUUUACAGUUGACUGUAUGAUUUUAAUGUAUUUGGUAAAGAAGAACUCUUUGACAAUCUUAGAUGCACGCUGUGUCCUUAAAACGAUUGUUGAUACUCGAACACAAGCCGUUCCACUUGAAUUUUCAACAGACUAUCCAAAGAGAGUCAAUAGCAGAGCUUUGCGUAUUACAUUCCUGUACUCUAAAAUGUACCUUAUUUUAAAUUCAUGCCUGUCAUGUAUUGGAAUGAAAUACUUGUGCUCCGACUUACAAUUUGAUGGUGUUUACUUCCAAAAAAUGUAUUCAUUGAACGUUUUGGAUGAACCUGAAGAGGAUGAUGAAGAUGAAACUAUUGCUGCAUCUGCAAAUAUUGCAAAUAUUCAAGUCAAAAAGCAAAAAUCGGAAGCAAAGUUUGAAGAACCAGUCAUACCAAAUGAUAAGGAUGUCGAUCAAACAGAAUUGGUUGACUUGUUCUCAGAAAUUAUCCGAUUGUAAACAUUAAAGGAACUAAACUGAAGAAAAAUCGAAAAACUAUAUUAUGGCAAACUUUAUUUCAAGGUCUAAUGAAUGACAAAACUUGAAACCCAAGAGAAAAUUGUUUACAUUCCAAAUUAAUAAGUGAUCAACAAUCGCAAUAAAGAUAAUAAACUUAUUGUUCAA